AUGAAGUUCUUGGCGACUUCGUUACUUCUUGCCUCCAUGGCAUCAUGGGCUCAGGCAGACAUGUGUGUCAAGAAGGUCAUGGACUUUGACGGACUCGAACGUGGAACCUACGUCACGAACCAGUUCAAAGACGACUUUGGAGCCACCAUCUCCUGUAAGGGAGGAAAAGACAACAGUUGCCGUAUCUUUGACACUGCUGUCCCAUAUGGUCACUGGCCUUCUGGCUCUUGCCGAACCUCUAAAUGUAAGAUUGGAUCCUGUAGCAACAAGAAUGGAUGCGGUGAUCCAGAUCUGGGAGCUCCCAACAAGUACUGUCCUGGAGGUGGACCUGGGGAAGGCGACGGAGGAAAACCAGGGAAAAAGUAUGAGAACUGUCAGCCUCUUGGAAACAUCCUUAUUGUGGAUGAAAACGGACCUGAUAAGCCACCGGAUGAUGCCGUUGGUGGAAACAUCUACUUCAAAUUCGAUAAUCCAAUCAUUCUCGAGUCCGGCCACUUUUUGGAUGUUGAUGGCUAUGAAGAGACCUUCAUCAUUGCCAAGUUCUGUGACGGUGGUCAGGUUAAGAGAGAUGUCGACAAGUUGGGAGACAACGGUUAUGGAAAGCUUGACUUGUCUGAUAUCACCAAACCUGUCUGUGAAGUCGAAGUUGAGUUCAGUGGAUCGGGUUCCUUCAGUUCUCUGGAGUAUGAUUACUGCGCGCAGUGUGAGCCCGUUGAAUGCCCCGGCUCUGGCGUCAUGGUAACUCCCACUGACUACCCCGCCUGUACCCCCGAGUGCCCCUCCGAUCGGAGUCCGGGUCCGGAUCCGGUCUGUAUUGACAAGGUCAUGGACUUUGAGGGACUCGAUCGUGGAACCUACGUCACGAACCAGUUCAAAGACGACUUUGGAGCCACCAUCUCCUGUAAGGGAGGAAAAGACAACAGUUGCCGUAUCUUUGACACAGCCAUCCCAUAUGGUCACUGGCCUUCUGGCUCUUGCCGAACCUCUGAAUGUUCUCUGUCAUCCUGUAGCAACAAGAAUGGAUGCGGUGAUCCAGAUCUGGGAGCUCCCAACAGGAAAUGCCCUGAUGGCGGGCCCGGAAGCGGUGGUGGAGGAGAACCGGGGAAAAAGUAUGAGAACUGUCAGCCCCUAGGAAACGUCCUUAUUGUAGACGAAAACGGACCUGGCAAGCCACCGGAUGAUGCCGUUGGCGGAAACAUCUACUUCAAAUUCGAUAAUCCAAUUGUUCUCGCAUCCGGCCACUUUUUGGAUGUCGAUGACUAUGAAGAGACCUUCAUCAUUGCCAAGUUCUGUGACGGUGGUCAGGUCAAGAGAGAUGUGGACAAGUUAGGAGACAACGGAUAUGGAAAGCUUGACUUGUCUGAUAUCACCAAACCUGUCUGCGAAGUCGAAGUUGAGUUCAGUGGAUCGGGUUCCUUCAGUUCUCUUGAGUACGCUUUGUGUGGGGAGUGUGAGCCCGUGGAAUGUCCCGGCUCUGGUGUCAUGGUGACCCCCACUAAUUUCCCUGCCUGUACCCCUGAGUGCACUUGUGAAGCCGUCGAAUGCCCAAUCUCCAAAGUCAUGGUUGUCCCUGGUGACUUCCCCGACUGUACUCCAGAGUGCACCUGUGGACCUGUCCAAUGUCCUGGGACCGAUUUAAUGGUAACGCCCAGUGACUUCCCUGACUGUACACCCGUGUGUAGCUGCGACGAAGUUCAAUGCCCCGGCACCGAUGUCAUGGUCACCCCCAGUGACUUCCCUACCUGCACCCCUGAGUGUACCUGUGCGGCUGUGGAAUGCCCUGGCUCCGGCGUUAUGGUUAUCCCGAGUGACUUCCCCGAAUGUAACCCAGUGUGUACAUGUGGACCUGUUCAGUGCCCUGGCUCCGAUGUCAUGGUGACCCCUGGUGAUUUCCCUGACUGUACCCCUGUGUGCACCUGUGAUGCUAUCACAUGCCCAACAGGCGAAACGAUGACACCCAGCGACUUCCCAGACUGUACCUCUCCUUGCCCCACUGAAUGCGACCCUGUCACAUGCCCAACCGGCGAAACUAUGACAUCCAACGAUUUCCCAGACUGUUCAUCCCCUUGCCCCACGGAAUGUGACCCUAUCACAUGCCCCACAGGCGAAACGAUGACACCCAGCGAUUUCCCAGACUGUACCUCGUCGUGCCCCACUGAAUGUUCCCCCGUGGAAUGCCCCCUCUCUGGCACGACAAUGACUCCGAGUGACUUCCCUGACUGUACGCCUGUGUGCCCCUCAGAAUGCAGUCCUGUGGAAUGCCCUGACUCUGGAACGAUGGUGACUCCCAGUGACUUCCCCGACUGUACUCCGGAGUGUCCCACCGAAUGUGAUCCCGUUGAAUGUCCUGGCUCGGGCGUCAUGGUGACUCCUGUUGACUUCCCUACCUGUACACCUGAGUGCACCUGUGCCCCCUAUGAAUGUCCUGAUGGAACCAUGGUGGUCCCAGAAGAUUUCCCAGGCUGUACUGCUGUGUGCCCCCCACCUCCCCCCACUUCAUGUGAUCCAGUCGAAUGUCCUGGUACCGAUGUCAUGAUGACCCCCAGCGACUUCCCUGACUGUACCCCUGAGUGCUCUUGCGGUGCAUGUGAUCCUUGCCCAGGAGAUAUGGUGGCCUCUCAGGGUGCCUUCCCCGACUGUGCCUGUGAGUGCCCACCUCCCCCUACAUCAUGUGAUCCAGUCGAAUGUCCUGGUACCGGUGUCAUGGUAACUCCCAGCGACUUCCCUGACUGUACCCCUGAGUGCACUUGCGGUGCAUGUGAUCCUUGCCCAGGUGAUAUGGUGGCCUCUCAGAGUGCCUUCCCCGACUGUGGCUGUGAAUGCCCGGCACCAACAGAUCCAGUCAUUACUGACUUCUGGUCCUCUGCGGAGAUCGCCGUCCUCAAGUUGGGAGAAGAAACCUUGGAGAUUCAAGCUAAUGCUGAAACUGAUGAGUGGCUCUUUAUCAAUGGCGAGCCCAUCAUGGACUUUGAAGAUGGCAAGUUCCAUAAAACCGAACUUGCUGGUUCCUUGGUCCGCUACAAGCAAUCCAGUCCUGGUGUCCGGGAGGCCAACAUUUACUUGUAUGGUGACGAUCACGAGAGGAUGCAGAUCAAGACGUACAAGUCCUUUGUCCGUGUGGAUGUGAACUGGAUUGGCAACCCUGACGACUUCAAGGCAUGCGAAUCAGCCUCUUCUAUCCCUCCGAAAUGGCUCAAGUUCUUCUUUCGACGACAUGCUCAGUGGACACAGAACCAGAGCAUUCAUUUGCACGACGUCCUACAGCAAGCCUGUCAACUCUUUCCACAAGCAAGAUGCGGGUCUUCCCCUUUUUUCAAUGAUACCGAAUGCUAUACUUGCUUGUCGCCAUCGCCUGCACUGACCGAUGAUGGAUAUGCCGAUGGGAAUUUCAUUGGAUGUCGUGCCUUGCAUUCCACCUUUCCGCUCACCAAUCCUGAAAAUCGCUGUGCUCACGUUGCUCUCGAUGACACACUCGACCCCAUGGGAAAAUUCAAUGCAAGUACAACAACUCCUUUGGCAUUUCCCCAGUAUCGAAUCAGUCUCAAGCUCUUCGCCUUGGAGACUAUCCGUCGUUAUCCUCCCUUGGCUGUCGUCCCCAUUCUUGAUGCCAGAGACAAUCACCGAAUGCUACGGUAG